CACCUCCGGUCGUCUUGAGAACAGCAGCCAACAGCCAGGAAAGCAGCAGCAAAAGAAAACCCUCCAAGCCCGCUCGGCUUAUCGUGUGUAGUGUGUAGUGUACCGUGGUCCGUGAAUCAGUUUUCCGGUUUUCGUUGUUGCCAUUGUUCAAAGAGGCUGUGACACACAGGUGCAGAAAGAACACAAACCGGCCCGCUGGGAAGUGAAAACCCUCUAGCCAAGAACCAAUCUGCAAUCAAGCGAAAUCGAAGCAGCCGGCAUAACUAGCGAAGGAUUAAAAUAAAGCAAACCGUCUACGCACUAUACACCGAGGAAGACUUGUAACGAGAUCUGGUUUUGUGACGAUCAGCAAAACCGCCCGCGAACAUGGCGUGGAGAUUUAAAGCAUCCAAAUAUAAGAACGCGACACCGAUCGUGCCAAAACCGGAGGCAUGCAUUCGUGAUAUCUUUGUCGGUUCAUAUCAAACGUACGGUAACAACAUAGCGGCAUCGGCGGCAUUUAUCGCAUUCAACUGGGAGCAUGCCGGUUCCAGCCUGGCCGUGCUGCCGAUCGAUGACUGUGGCCGGAAGAGCAAAACGAUGCCGCUACUGCAUGCGCAUUCGGACACGGUUACCUAUCUGGACUUUUCCCCGUUUCACGACGGUCUGUUGGCGACCGGCUCACAGGAUUGCCUGGUGAAGGUGUGGCACAUACCGGAGAAAGGACUGGAACAAUCGAUCUCGACCCCGGAGUGUACGUUCUCGACCAAACAGCGGCGCGUUGAAACGGUCGGCUUUCAUCCGACCGCCGACUGUCUGCUGUUUGCGACCGCUAUCGGAUGCGUCAGCCUGUGGGAUCUAACGUGCCAGCAGGAAGCGUUCUCUAACAACGAACACCCGGAGGUCAUUCAGUCACUUAGCUGGAAACAAGACGGACGGCUGUGCGUGACAAGCUGUAAGGAUAAGAUGUUGCGUGUGAUGGAUCCGCGCGCACCGACCCCAAUAACGCUAGCAGCGGAAAGCCACCAAAGCAUCAAGGACUCGCGCGUGGUAUGGCUCGGCGAUCAAAACCGCAUCCUUAGCACCGGGUUCGAUUCGGCCCGUUUGCGGCAGGUGAUCAUACGCGAUCUCCGUAACUUUUCGGAGCCGGAAAAAACGCUCGAACUCGACUGUUCCACCGGUAUCCUGAUGCCGCUGUUCGAUCCGGACACCAACAUGCUGUUCCUGUCCGGCAAGGGUGACACGACGAUCAACUAUCUCGAGGUGACGGACAAGGAUCCGUACCUGAUUGAGGGUAUCCGCCAUUCCGGAGAACAAACGAAGGGUGCCUGCCUGGUACCGAAACGGGCGCUGAAAGUGAUGGAAGGGGAAGUGAAUCGCAUCAUGCAGUUGACUUCCAACUCCGUCAUCCCAAUCAUGUACCAAGUUCCGCGCAAGACAUACCGAGAUUUUCACACUGACCUGUACCCGGAAACGAAUGGCUUCAAAACCGAUCUGUCUGCGACGCAGUGGUUCGGUGGUGCAAACACACCGGUGCCAAAAAUUAGUCUGGAUCCAGCAAAACGCGAACUGGGCGACGCACCAAUCAUUGUCCUUCGCGGACCGCUAAACGAGGUGGUGAACAAUAUCGCUAACAAGAUGCGCAACGCACAGUCCACCAACAUCUCGACGGCAGCGAAAAUCGAGCGUGAGAAAGGAAUCGUAAAGACAACGUUCGUGCCGAUCAAGGAGAAAAUCAAACACAUGGAACAACAAUCGCACACGGAGAAGUGUGAGCUGGAGCAGCGAUUCAAGGAAAUAUCGGCGGCGCACAAAGAAAAGGAUGAGGACGGUAACCAUCCGCUGGCACCCACCGAGAAAAAUGGCAAUGAUAAUCAUCUCCAGCAGCGGGAAACAUCUUCGCUGUCGUUCGAUUCGGAGACGGAGGCACGUACCGGCGAAACAACGCCACCCAAACCGCUGCCACGGACCUCGCGCAACAAUUCGGUCUGUGAGCAGAUGUCUACGCCCGUCGGUGGUACGAACGAGGACGUAACUACGACGACGGCCACCACACCUAGCGCUGCCGUCACUCCGCGCCCGGUUGCCAGACCGCGCACUACCAGCGGAUACAAGCCACGUCUGGGACCAAAGCCUUUCUGCAGCUCUGGAGCAUCGGGUGAUUUCUCCUUCGACAAGGUGUUCAGCGUCCCAGUCGUACCCGGUGUGGAACCGGGCACCGACAAAGAGGGCAUAUCAUCAGUACCCUCGCAUACGAUAGUUGGCGAUGUUGUUUCAGUUGAAACAAAUGGCAACACUGUAACCAUCGCGACAGAACCGGAACCCAAAGACUGCAGUCCUACCGAUGAGGAAAAAACAUCUGCCGAACCGAUGGACGAUUGCGACAUAGACACGCGUCAACUUCCGCAUGCAGAACUUCGAAAGCCGUGUGAACAAGAAAAGAUCUUUGAACGUCAAGCUUCGUCAGAAUCAGUCGACCAAUUUGAUUCGAGCUCGGACGAUGCCAAAAACCAAUUUGAGCGGAUGAGUGCUCAGCGAACAAGCCUUGCCGAAAGGCGGCGCAUGUUCGAAAGUCGCUCGCAGAGUGUACAGGAUGAAAAGGCCAGCUCGCCAACCCCACUCAGACGCCUUGAUUCGCUGAAAGUUCGGGGUGAGCAGAAGACGUGCUCCGACGACUCCGAACUGAUGCCACCACCGAUGAGCACGGACUUUCUGCGCAAUCGUAGUGAUCUGUCGAAGGAGAACAUGCCAGACAUAGUCAAACGAAGCAAUAGCACCGCUGGUGUCUCAUCGGCUGCCAAUAACAACGUCGCUUCCAAGCGAACCUCCACCGUGUUUGGACGUGUGUCCAAGUUCCGACACCUGAAGGGUACCCCCGGGCAUAAGAGCACGCACAUAGAGAACAUACGUAACCUGAGCCGUCAAAUACCCGGCGAGUGCGAUGGCUUUCAAGCGAAUGCCGAGCGUGUGGCGGUACCGAUUGCCGGGGCGGGUGGUAAAAUAGCGGUGCUGGAGCUAAGCGAUCCGGGUCGCCUGCCUGACGGUGUCAUUCCGACGCUGGUCAACAUCCAAAACAUCAUGGAUUUCCAGUGGGAUCCGUUUGACUCGCACCGGCUCGCUGUUGCCUGUGACGAUGGUUCGGUAAAGCUGUGGCGCAUACCUGCUGGCGGUCUGACGGAACCGACGAACGAACCGGAGGCGAUGCUUGUUGCGCAUACCGACAAAAUUUACAUCAUGAGAUUCCACCCAUUGGCACAGAAUGUGCUGCUGACAGCAAGCACCGACAUGGUGAUGAAGCUGUGGGAUCUGGUCGGGAUGACGGAGAAGUACAGCCUGCAUGGUCACACUGACCAAAUAUUCUGCUUUUCGUGGAGCCCGUGUGGCCGUUACGGUGCCACCGUGUCAAAGGAUGGACGCAUACGGGUGUAUGAACCACGCAAAUCGUCGCAACCGACGAACGAAGGUACGGGUCCGAUAGGAACACGCGGCGCACGCAUUGUGUGGGCUCUUGAAGGCGAAUAUUUAGUGGUGACUGGAUUUGACAAAGUAUCCGAACGCCAGAUUUACGUAUACAAACUCACUGAUCUCAGUGCGCCGAUGGGCAUGGUCGGACUGGACGUUUCUCCCGCUAUACUGAUGCCGUUUUACGAUGAAGACAGCUCCACGCUGUUCGCCACUGGCAAGGGAGACAGCACAAUCUACUGCUUCGAAAUUACCGACGAGGCACCGUUUAUCUGCCCGCUGUCCCACCACCGUUGCACCACGCUGACGCAAGGUCUCAGCUUUUUAAGCAAGAACCAUUGCGAUGUGGCAACGGUCGAGUUUGCUCGGGCGCUCUGGCUUACGAACGGCACGGUUGAGCCGCUGAGCUUCAAGGUACCGCGCAUUAAAUCUGAGCUUUUCCAAGACGAUCUGUUCCCACCGACCAAGGUGCUGUGGCAACCGACACUGAGCGGUGAUGAAUGGUUUGCUGGUCGGGACGUAACACCAACUCGCAUAAGCCUGAAGCCGGACGGCAUGGAUACGCUGUCUUCGAUUCAGCCAACUGUAACGACCACACCUUCUAAAAAAACUGACGCCAUUGUAAUGCCACAGGGAAUACAGAAACCAUUUUCGAAGGCUCCCGAGCACGUACAAGAGCAGAUAAAAAAUGCUGUUAGCGCCCGCAUGUCCGUGAACAAGAAGCUCGAACAGGACAGCAUGGAAGGCGUAGACGAGAAGGAAUGGGAAGAAUGAGCGAGAAAUUUCUCCAUUUGUUUUGCAGCUUCCUAUCUUUAAUGAUAAUAUUUCACUAACUACAUGGAAAAUUCCAUACUUACAUUCGCGUGUAAAUGAUGAUUUCGGCCCUACCUAAUAGCGCACCACGGCAGCAAGUAUUCCGCUGGUACGCCAAAGGUAAUUAAAUUUUUAUUCUCUCUAUGUUUAUUCUGUUCUUCCUGUGUGCGCUCUUUUAUUUCGGUUUGCGUAAUGUAAAACUGUAAAUUUCCUUGAUAUUCGGGAAGUACGAAGAGUUCGUCUUAUACAGUCCAUAACAGAUACGCGUACACGGCGACGCUGUGUAUAAAAGGAUGAUGGAGUGCAAUUACCAAGAAGCUUGAAAGGAAUCGAUCCAGGCAUUCCUCUUCAAUUCCGUUAAACCGUUCAGACACACAGAACAAGCCGGUCGUAAAAGCGUGCAGCUUAGUUUGAGCGAACUAUGAAGCCACACACAUUUUCGCGUGACGCUUGAGAUUUCGUUUUCUCUUGAACCUCAAUGGUAUUGUGGACUGCCAUUCCUGGCUUUUUCUUGACUUUUGACUAACCCGUAAUAUGAUCAUCAUUCCUGCGUAUUGCUUCUUUAUCGGCCCAACAAGCUCAAGAGUUUUUGGCCUGCGCCAUUUGUGGCUUUCGUUGACUUUAUUUGAGCUGGAUAGUCAGUCCUGCGCAUGGGCGAACAGUCCGGAUAAAUCGAGAAAUUGGAUAGUUAUACUAUAACAAACGGAGACUGAUAAACCAUCCUCCUACUUUCCUAAACUCAUUCCUCACGCUACUCAUUGCACGUUAAAGUAAAGUGCAAGUAAAGUAAAGUAAAUUGUGUAAGCAAAGGGAAAACCCAACCAAAAUCAACUUAUUCAACAGCAGAUGAUAGAAACGUAAAAAAGACUAGAUCUUAUGUGUACAGGCUCUCAUAAAAACAACAAGUUCUACAAGGCUACACGCUCGUAUAGAACAAAUGUAUCGUCAAAAUGCUCUCUUUUCCCAGUUCGUUUGCAAAUAACACUAAAACAGGUAACACAAAAACACAAACAUACAGACAUGGCUUAGACAUACUGCCCUUAAUAAUGACAAAUGGAAGAGUAAUUUUGGAUACUAUAGGAUAUACACAGAAUAGGUCUUACAAAUGAAGCAUUUAAUCAUUCAUUCAUUUUUAAUAAACCUCGUGGUAAAGUCACAUAUUAGCGAUACAUAACAAAAAUGACAAUAUUUUGACAACUAUAUCUACAUCAAGCGAACGGAAAUCGGCCACUAAAGAUUGUCAUUACUUCCAGUUUUGUAAUAUUAUUUACUGAUAUUAUGAAUCAUGCUCGAGAAAGUAGGGCAAACAUGACCAUUAUUGUUGUUUAGAGCAUAAUUUUGCUACACCAAACAGCCAAGAGCAAUAUGACAAAUUUUGUGUGUGUGUUGGACCGGAUUUACCCUUGCGUUUUUGCCAGGUAGUUGAGGUAGAAAAAGAUGAAAUCCCGUCAAUCGUUCGGAUGAAAGAUACAAGGAUGCUUAAAAAUGCUUAUAUUGCAUAGGUUUUGGAAAGAGAGUGGCUUACACACAAUGUUACACCCACUUAUGAUAACAGGAUACUUCAUUUUGGAAGAUGCAAAAUGAUCUACCUCCAAACCGCAUUUGUUAGAUUGCUUUUCUACUAGACCAACACAAUUACGGGGCUGCAAGCAGUAAAUGCAUUUGAACGAUUUAUAUACCGCUAAAGAAGAAGCUUCAACGAAACAAGGCUAGUCAAGUAGGGGGUGAGGUGUGAAAGGAUCUGUGCGAACGUUAAUAUGCUCCAUUCCUAUGAACACAACCCAUUACAAAAACCGGCACAAGAUAAAUUAGACAACAAUUGUGUAACAAAUAGAGAAAGCAUUGGCCUGGUAUGUGCCUGUGGGACGCUAGAAUACUAUGCAAUAAGAGAUGAGAUAAAGAGAAGAAGAAACGGAUAGAAUGGAUAUGUAGCUGAAAAGACAGCAAAAGAGAAAAAGAUACACAAGAAAAGCAGCAUAAACACACGCACGCAACGUAACGCACAAAACAUCGCAAGGGGGACACUAGAAAUAAUUUCCCUUCAUAGAUUUUAUAGUUCUUACCCCAACAUUGUACGCAUUUUUGGCAAAAAAAGAUUUCUAUCAGCUCCCUACGCUUACAUCCUGUACAUAUACAUACAUGUUUGUUUUGUCACCGUUUGGCGUUUUUAGGCAUUAGGAUAUGUUUGUUUUAUUAUUUUUUUUUAUUUAACAGCAAUGUGUGUUUUUUUUCUUUUCUCGAAAAUUUGUGCUAAAACAUUGUGAUCAAUUUGUAUCAAUUAGUUUUACUUUCUUCUGAUAUAUAGAAAAAAAAAAUAGUCUGAUAUUUAGGACCGAUGGAAAAGCGCAUAAUGAAAUGAAGGGGGAAAACAAAACAGAUAGAAAAUGAGACGAGUCAAGCAAAACGGAGAAUUAUCGGUGCCAUUAUCAACGCUUAAGUUGAUUAUGAUUGAUUUGAAGAACUUAAUCACAUACUCCAUGUAACAGUCUUUACGUUUUACAAUUGCAAAUUAGAAUGCACUAAUUUCUUGUCGCCUUUUUCCAACGGGAUUUGCGCACUCCAGUACUCUAGCAAACACAUCACUCUUGUAUGAUGUAUGAUGAGGUGAGACUGUUAAUUUCCUUUCAAACAGUGUAUUUGUGCUGAACAAUUAAUUAACCAUGUUUAGUUUUAAUGUAUGCAAUUCGUUUCUAUUUUCCCAUCCUUUUGAAUCCCCAUCUUUGCAAGUGCACAUGGUGAAUGAAGAAUGCACUGAGGCACCCUAUAUGUCCCGUACACCUUUGUCAGCUAUCACCUACAUCCCAACCACCUUCUAUCCAUAUCCCUGUUUUUUCGGUAAUAACAGCAAAUUUUGCAAAUCCUAAUGGUGCAUGCAUCUGACUGAAUGUGUGAACGCAAAUGCGACAAACUGGUGUGUGAUAAUCCAAAGAAACGCCAUUACGCCCCGGCCCGUAUCAAAGUUUGUGUAUUGUAAAGGAGGUCUUUUGCCUAUGGGUGUCUUUGAAACUGCCAAAGAUUGUAAAUCAGCAGCCUCAUUGUUUGGUGGCAAACGAACAUCUUUCUUAUACUCCCCAAUCCUCCCUGUGCCCUGCCAUAUAUUUCAUUGUACUGGUAUAUAUAUACAUAGAUUAUAAAAUAAAGAAAUCGAAA